AUGAUGCUUCCGGCAAUGAACCCAAAUCACCUCUACCCGCGCUCAGCACACGCAUCACCGUCGCCAGUUGACUUGGCAUCGACGAAUCGCCUGCUUGCAAACUUAAGAACUCGAGAACCAGGAACUCUUGCAGCCAUGUCUGAUGUCGUGGUUAUAAAGCUUCGCGGGCGUGCAAACUACGAGACGUGGAGAAGCAGCCUCCUGCAACAGCCCGACCUGAGCAAGGGUCAAAAAGCAAUGUCAACGGGGGCUACAAGUCAGCAGCCAGCCGUUGGCCACGAGAUAUACGCCAGGUGGUGCAAGGACAAGUGUCACGUCUGCAACAUCCUGACCAGGUCUCUCGACGAUGUGAUGGUUUCGGGCCUAGGAGCCCACGGGAAACUCCACGCGACGCCUUGGGAGCUGUACGAGACCAUCCGCACGUACUGUAGGCCCACGCCCGCCUUCGCGACUCGCCUCAUAGACGGGCUCAUGGAGAUGAGAAUCUCCGACUUCCCGACGCCGGCCGAUUUCGUGGCGUACGUGGAGCUCAUCCUGGUCUGCGUCGAGGAGGGCGGCUACUCGAUGACCCUGACGUGGUUGCUUUUCAACACGGUGGCAAAGACGCACACAGAGCUUAUCGCGGCACACGGCCUGGUGGGCUGCUUAUCGGGCUGGACUCUACUGUUGAAUGAAGUCCGUCAAUUGCCCAACACCAAAGAGCGACGUAGAAGACCGUCACUGCGGUCGUCGGAUCAAUCAGGGACUGAGGAGAUAUUCAAAGGGAGAGAAGGUGACGGCGAAGGGGAAGAUGAGAUUUGA